CUUCGAGGUCGACGACGAUCAGCAGCGUGGAGCGAUAUUCUGCCGAUAUACACCUUAGAUAUUCGUUUGCAAUUCUCGAAAGCUCAGCUUCGACAUUUUCACGCGUUCAUAACUUCUCUCCUCGUUGUCAAACGCGCCACUGUACCAGGUUCAUCGAGGAUAUCGCGCACUAAGUCUUUGUAUACCUACCGCUGUGCUCAGCACCAGUACUGCUCACAGUCGUCGCCACCAUGGCCGCCGGCGAUCCCUACCAUGUUGUUCUCCGCAUCCGCUACAAAGGUCUCAAGAUGCUGAAGAUCAGGGACUGCCCGACACACAACUCUGUGCGCGGAAGGGACCAGAUGUCGGAGCUAAAGAACAUGCUGAGGAAGGAUAUGGAUAGUACUUCGUUGAGGUUGGGCAGCUCGCUGCCGAAGAAGGAUAAAAUCUUUUUGAGUGGCGAUUUUGGGGAUGCUGUGGAGGCGCAUUAUGAGACACAAAAAGGGAAUUGUAUGGUCAUCGCGUUGCAGCGCGGUAUUGGCAGCAUGGACGCGAAGAAACUGGAGAAACUAUCUAUAAUCUCAGUCGAACUCUUCGAAAUCAAAUGCACUCGCUCCGGUUCCGAACUUCCCCUCGACCCGCGCGAUGUCCCGACCUUUAGCUCCUACAACGGCAUCCCUCCACCCGUCGAAGUUUUCAAACCUCGUCAGACAGGCUCCUACGCUACUUAUCCUUACGCACGCGUAUCCUCCACAUCCAAGUCUUCACCCUCUGAUCAAUCUCCUUCGGUAGCAAAAGACGAGAAGGAUAAGAACGGGAAAAGUACGCCAACCCCGACUGGACCAGAUCUGAGCAGAGCCGUCACCAAUGCACCGACGGGCCCUAGAUCGAACGCGUUGGGCGUUUCGUUCUUCUUCGAUCAGCCUAAGCUUGCAUUCGCCGGUAAUGCGACUAGUACGACGGCGGCGACGAGUAAGGACGUGGAGGGAAAGACGGUCAAGCAGGCGAAAGAGCCGUUUGUUCUGGCUUUGAAGAAGGACGCGAAGGCUCUUGGUGUCGUGGAGGAACCGAACACGCAUGUGCACGCGACGUCGAAGGUUCCCACUGUGGUUCCUGUUUCGACUUCAUCCACUCCGUUUGAACAGCAAUAUCCGAAUGCGACCUCUGAUCCUCGUAAACGCGUCAAACUAUGUAUCAGCAUGACCACCAACCCCCCAGAAUCGGAUCCCUCUUCAUCGCAGGAAACGCAAUUCCGAGCACAUUCACCUUCCACGUCGUCUUCUUCACAGUCGCAGGGUACCGCCGAAACUUCGCCUCCGCCACAAUCUGAGAAUUCGAACGACGCUGGAAAAACCGACGGCGCCACCCGGUCACAUCAUGUUUUUGGUGUGGCGUCGUACGUCCCCUCUGCGACUUUCUCCUCCAAGGCAUCUUCAUCACAAACCCCUUCGUCUUCCUCCUCAAACAUCACUCUCGCUCCUCCACCCUCCACCGGUCCUCCAUCUUCUACUCUCACAGCAUCAUCCGCUUCGAUCUCCACCGUCCCACUCCCGUCCACGUCCAACCCCUCCUCUCAAUGGGCUCCAAAAUUCAAGAAACCGCGCCCAAAUCUCGACCCAAUUGCGGAAGUCGCAGGUCGAGCGAGCGAGCGAGCGGGGCCUGAGGAAUUGUUGGGGAUGAUUGGGAGGUUCAGGAAGCAGCAUGAGUCGAACUCUGCAGAUGCGACUCUGUCACGGAAUAGUAACUUCGUUCUUGUGGGCCGAAGGCCGGAUUCACGUUCAACGCGUUCGAGUGAAGGAUCGGAACUGCGUCAAACGCGUACAGAGCCACACGCGUCGUCGUCUACGCCUGCACCACUUGAUCACGAGCACCCCAUCGUCUCCGACCGAGAUUGUGUACAAGCCGAGGACGAAGACCGACUUCAUCAGGAGGCCGGACACCCAUUAUCCAGGAUUUCAGAUAGUUGCCGUAUUCCGGACCAGGACGUUGUCGAUACCACCAAAGUCGAGGUUGAGGUUGAGGUCGCCGACGAGCAACAUCGGCGAAUGCGAGACGUGCGGGCACUUUUGGGGCGACUACCGCCUGAGCUGGAGGGUUUGCUUAGGGCAUAUUAUCGUGGGGAGGAUCAGCGAGGAGCGGAAGAUUGUGGUUCGUCGAGGUCACAACCGCAGCUCCAUUCGCCUUCGCCUUUGCGGCCACAGGAAAACCAGGAUGAAUGUGUUUGGGAAUCGGAGCGUCACACACUGAAACGGAAGGCGGCCCAAGCGGAGGAAGAAUGUGAGAGGUUAAGAGGAGAGGUCAAGAGGAGACGGAUGGAAAAUGACGAUGUGAGGAGGUUUGUCAGAAAGGUGAUGGAUGAGGAGGGAUUGUGUGGUCCUGGAGCUGGACUCGGGGCGAAAGAAAGUGGUCAAAAGCAAGUGAUAGCACGGCCGAGGAAGAGAAUCAGGUCUGGGAGCGAGAAUGGAGAGGUCGUCGAAAUUGACGUAGAAGAUGAGGCCGUGCGCGAUGGGUUGUAUGGUGAUGUGGCUAUGGAAGACGGGGAGGUUGAUGAGGAAAAUAAUGAUGAUAAUGGCGACAUCAUGACUGACCUCAAAAUACUCCACUCAACCCUCACCUCCCUGCACACCUCCCUCUCCUUUGAAAAAUCAGCCCGCAGAGCGGCCCAAGUCCGUCUCAGAAGAACAGAAGACGCGCUGAAAGACGUGGAGAGGGAGUGUCGAGAGCCGUUUGUUGUCCCGGCAUUGUUGCAGGCUUUCUUGGGAGUCAGUAGGAUGACGGAUAGGGUUAUGGAGUGAUUUAAGCCUCGAUGGAUAUGCCGCCCGAGCUGACAGCUCAAGUCAGAGUAUGGGGAUAUGAGCCUGGGGGCAUUGAGAAGAGCGGUGUGGAGGGUGGCGGUGGCGCAAUCAAACACUGCCUGCGGACACGGACCACCGGGAUGGGAGGACUACUGUGGACUCGGACAUCGCCUCAGCUCGGUAUUGGACACCACAGCGGAGCUGAACCAUUUGGUAUCAGCAAGCAGAAGUAAAGGGGUUGUAAUGGACUCAUCUUGGAUUCAGCAGCUUCAGACAGACAUACGAUUCGGGGAAAGAGAGGCAGGAGGAGGCCGCUGAUCUAUUACUGACAGGUCUGCUUUGCAGCCUACCAUCAUCUUCUUUAUCAUCACAAGCGUUCGGUAUGUUAUAGCUAUGGCGCACCCACCAAUUUUAUUUAGAUGCAUUG